AUGAACAAAUUUUUGGUUUUUGCUGUUCUUCUUGGCACCGCCUUUGCUCGUCCUCAAGACCUUCUAGGUGAUAAUGAAGGGCGUGUAUCUGUAGUCCAAAACUCCUUAGGACCCUAUAAAUACACCGUUCAAACGAGGGAUGGACUUAUAAACGAAGAGAGGUUGGCUGAUGGUACCAUAAUUGGCGACUACACCCUCCCAGAUCCCGUUUCAGGAACUAGAACUAUCAAAUAUACAGCCGGACUCGAUGGAUUUAAAAUUUUGGAAGAACCUGCUCCAGUUGUGAGGAGUUUGAAUCCUCUUUCUCCACUUCCAGUAGAAGACACCCCCGAAGUUAAAGCUGCCAGAGAAGAAUUUUUGGCUGCUUAUAAAAUUGCUGAAGCUAGAGUCCUAGCUUCAGUCGCCUAA